AUGUCGGUCUCUGCCGUGUCCGACCUGAUCUUCUCGUCCGACCAGGCCAACCACAACUUUGCACGCGUGCUGGGCGACUUGCGACGUGCCCGCCACUCCAUCAGCCACCGGCUGCGGUCCAUCAGCCGCGAUGCUGCCUUUGUUCCCGCCGUCGCCGCUCGUUACCCGGGUCUUUUUCUCGUGGCCAACGAGCGUUGUGGCUCAUGGUAUGUGCCGGCCGGUCAAGCAGCUGCCUCGGCCUAUUUCAAGUCGACCGAUGGCCACACGGGGCAGUGGUCUGUCAGCACGCGCCGGUUGAAUUUGCAUCUUCUGGGAUUGUCGUCUUUGUCCUCCUCGAUCUCCUCCCCCUCUUCCUGCUCCUUCAUCCUCGUCGAUUCGACCCGCCGCGGAAAACGCAUGCCUGAUGCCCUCAGCAAGACCGUGCCGCUGUGGUGCUGCGCCGUCAACCGGCUCGUCUUUGGCCAACCCGACGCCCCUCUCUACACGCCACCUGGCGUCGUCUCGCCCUCUGAGCACAGUCAGAUGCUCGCCUGCCUCCCUGCCCAGACCGAGGCCCUGCGUCGUGUCGGUGUUCUGCACGACGGCCCUGCCUGGACUGCCCGCCUGAACGGCCGUCCGCUGCGUCCGGUCUGGGUCACCCCCGACAUGCCCUGGCCCGACAUCGACGCCUUAGUUGCUACCUUCACCGUCGUUGUCUGCUGCACCGCCUCGCGCAUCCCCGACGGUGCCGUCGUCGAUCAAGACCAUGACCAUGACCAUACCAACUACGUUCAGGGCGCUGCCGACGACACCGAGAACUGGGCCUACGGACUCACCGCCAAGCUCUUCUGGAACCACCGCGACGAGCUGCUGGCCACGCCCGAAGCUGAUCUGCCCGCCCGCAUCGAGGCCCUCGUGGCUGCUGCCAGGCAGAAGGAGCAGCCAGACGCUGUCACAGAUGGCCAGACACCCAUCACACCCAUCACCCCCUUUCUAUCCGUCGGCACCCCAUCGCUACCGACACUCUACCCCGCCUGCGAGAUCGUCUUUGUGCGCCAGGUGACUGCGCCCUCCAGCUGGGUUCGCUCGCCCGUUCGGCUCGAAGUCGGCCUCGGCAAGCAGGACAAGACGGCUAGCCGCAACCUCCGCCAUGCGCUGCCGCAGAUCUGCGCUUUCGUGUCGGCCUAUCUGAACCGCACCGACAGCCAUGCGCACGUCGGCGUGGCCUGCGAUUCUGGCCGCGAUCUCUCCGUCGGCACGGCCCUGGCUCUGCUGUGCGCCUGCUUCGAUGCCGACGGCCAGCCCGGCCGCCCAGACACCCGUCCGGCCGUCUUCACCAAGGACGCCAUCCGCCUGCGUCUGGGCCGUAUCAUGACCGCCAUGCCGCAGGCCAAUCCCAGCCGGACUACGCUGCAGAGCGUGAACAGCUUUCUCAUGGGCUGA